ACCAAUCAGAGGCGUCGCCUCGCGUCACGUGACCCGAUCGGAAGUGCCCGAGUGAAGUGUCCGGUGAACGGUGUCCGGUGACCGGAGCGCUGCUGUCCGUUAUUUGUUCUGUUUUGCACACAUUACACACGCAGACCGUUCGCGUUCAGCUCGAGCUCUCUUCUACAGCUGCAGGGCGCUGUGGUCAGCAGGAUGAGUUCAGACGGAGGUGGGAGGCCUGUGAAGGUGGGCUCUCUGGUGGAGGUGAUUGGGAAAGGUCAGCGUGGGACCGUGGCGUAUAUCGGAGCCACUCUGUUCGCGUCGGGGAAAUGGGUGGGAGUCAUCCUGGACGAACCCAAGGGGAAGAACGACGGCACGGUGCAGGGCAAACGCUACUUCACCUGCGAGGAGAAUCAUGGGAUCUUCGUCAGACAGUCUCAGAUUCAGCUCAUGGAUGAAGGAGGCAGCUCUGCGACGUCUCCAGAAACACCGGACUCAGGUGUGGCCAAACUGCUCAAGAAAGAAGUACAGGAGACGCCAAAAUCUGUUAAGCAGACUCCAACAGCAAAGAAGCCUCCUAUUCGUCGUAGUACCAAGUGGUACACACCUGGCCGUCUGUCCAGCUCCAGUUCCCUCCCCUCUCUCAUCAUGGCGGGUCGUCCCUCGGUCGGAGGCUCAGGACUUUCAGAGUCAGUGUUAGCAGAGAAUGAGUCCACAGCAUCUUCCCAGACUGCACUGGGAGCUCCUGUCAUACCACAGCCCAGCGGCACCCCCAGCGCCCCUCCUCCUGCCACCCCCAGCAAGGAGGAGGAGAGUCUCCGAGCUCAAGUCAAGGAUCUGGAGGAGAAGCUGGAGACGCUGCGGAUGAAGCGCUCGGAGGAUAAAGCCAAGCUGAAGGAGAUGGAGAAGUACAAGAUCCAGCUGGAGCAGCUGCAGGAGUGGAAGAGCAAGAUGCAGGAGCAGCAGAACGAGCUCCAGAAGCAGCUCAAGGAGGCCAAGAAGGAGGCACGCGAGGCUCUGGAGGCUAAAGACCGCUACAUGGAGGAGAUGGCCGACACAGCAGACGCCAUCGAGAUGGCCACGCUGGACAAAGAGAUGGCAGAGGAGCGGGCCGAGUCCCUGCAGCAGGAGGUGGAGGCUCUGAAGGAGAAGGUGGAGGAGCUGAGCAUGGACCUGGAGAUCCUCAAACACGAGAUCGAGGAGAAGGGCUCGGACGGAGCGGCCUCCAGCUACCACGUCAAGCAGCUGGAGGAGCAGAACGCACGCCUGAAGGAGGCCCUGGUCAGGAUGAGGGAUCUGUCGUCGUCCGAGAAGCAGGAGCACGUGAAGCUCCAGAAACAGAUGGAGAAGAAGAACUCUGAGCUGGAGACUCUGAGAGCGCAGAAGGAGAAGCUGCAGGAGGAGAUGAAGCAGGCUGAAGACACCAUAGACGAGCUCAAGGAGCAGGUGGACGCGUCUUUAGGAGCGGAGGAGAUGGUGGAGACUCUGACGGAGAGGAAUCUAGACCUGGAGGAGAAGGUGCGAGAGCUGCGAGAGACCGUCAGUGAUCUGGAGGCGAUUAACGAGAUGAACGACGAGCUGCAGGAGAACGCUCGUGAGACAGAGCUGGAGCUGCGUGAACAGCUGGAUCUGGCUGGCGCUCGGGUCCGAGAGGCUCAGAAGAGAGUGGAAGCAGCGCAGGAGACGGUGGCCGACUAUCAGCAGACCAUCAGCAAAUACAGAGAGCUCACCACACACCUGCAGGAAGUGAACCGAGAGCUGACCAAUCAGCAGAGCAGCUCAGCCGAGCAGCUGCAGCAGCCGACCACAGAGCUCUUCGACUUCAAGAUCAAGUUUGCUGAGACCAAAGCUUACGCCAAGGCCAUCGAGAUGGAGCUCCGGAAGAUGGAGGUGACUCAGGCGAACCGUCAGGUGUCUCUGCUGAUGUCCUUCAUGCCCGAGUCCUUCCUGAGACACGGAGGAGACCACGACUGCAUCCUCGUGCUGCUGCUCAUCCCCAGACUCAUCUGCAAGGCGGAGCUGAUCAGCAGACAGGCGCAGGAGAAGUUUGAUCUGAGUGCUCCGGAGAGAUCUGGACUGAGAGGAGCCGCUGGAGAGCAGCUGAGCUUCGCCUCCGGUCUGGUGUAUUCCCUGACGCUGCUGCAGGCCACGCUGCACAGAUACCAGCUGGCUCUGAGUCAGUGCGGGGUGGAGGUGUACAAGCGCAUGGGCACGCUGUACUCUGAGAUGAGCGUUCACGAGCGAUCGCUGGACUUCCUCAUCGACCUGCUGCAUAAAGAUCAGCUGGACGAGACGGUGCAGGUGGAGCCGCUCACCAAAGCCAUCAAGUACUACCAGCAACUGUACAGUGUUCAUCUGUCGGAUCAGCCGGAGGACUGCAGUGUACAGCUGGCCGAUCACAUCAAGUUCACCCAGAGCGCUCUGGACUGCAUGGGGUCAGAGGUCGGCCGUCUGCGGGCCUUCCUGCAGGCGGGACAGGAAGGGGCGGAGCUCUCUGUGCUCCUGAAGGACCUGGACACUUCCUGUGGAGACAUCGGUCAGUUCUGUAAGAAGAUCCGCAGGAGGAUGCCAGGAACAGAUGCUCCGGGGAUUCCUGCUGCGCUCAGCUUCCCUGCUCAGGUGGGCGAGGCGCUGGAAGACUGCAGGAAGCAGCUGACGCGUGUGGUGGCCGUUCUGCAGGAAGUAGCAGCAGCAGGAGCUCAGAUGAUCGCUCCUCUGGCCGAGACAGAGGGACUGACAGCACUGAAGAUAGAGGACGUGAUGUUCAAAGCCGUGGACCAGGUGUUUGGUGCUCAGGGACUCAAUGCAUUCGAGAGUCUGCGUCAGUCCUGCGCCGCAGUCAUCUCCACCAUGAACAAGAUGGCCACGGCCAUGCAGGAGGGAGAAUACGACGCGGAGCGGCCACAGCGUCCGCGUCCUCCGGUGGAGAUCCGCGCCGCUGCUGUCAGAGCCGAGAUGACCGACGCCGAGGGGCUGGGAAACAAGCUGGAGGACCGAGAGACGGUCAUCAGAGAGCUGAAGAAAUCCCUCAAGAUCAAGGGUGAGGAGCUGAGCGAGGCGAAUGUGCGUCUGAGUUUACUGGAGAAGAAGCUGGACACGUCGACUAGAGACGCAGACGAGCGGGUGGAGAAGAUCCAGACCAAACUAGACGAGGCUCUGACUCUGCUGAAGAAGAAAGAGAAGGAGUUUGAGGAGACGAUGGACGCGCUGCAGGCCGACAUCGACCAGCUGGAGGCAGAGAAGGCGGAGCUAAAGCAGAGGAUCAAUAACCAAUCACGAGCCUCCGAAGGUUUCCGAGGACCGCAAGCAUCCGGAAUCGCCUCCAUCGUCACGGGAACCACUGCUGGGGGAAUGGUGUCGGGUGUCUCCGGUGAGGUUCAGGUGGUGGACUCUCCUCUCCUCAAACAACAGAUCGACGUGCAGCGACUCGCCAUCACACAGCUGAAGAGUGAGAACUACAGACUGAAGGCUGAGAGGAUGCGAGCGCAGCUGUCGUCUCUGCCUCCGCUGCAGCCGGUGAACAUGACCUCAGUGAUGAAGGAGGCUCCGGCCGGAUCUCUGUACCGCAGAACUGACCUGCUGCUCAACAACCUGCUGAAGAUGAGUGCGGGCCUGAGAGUCGUCGACAUCAGCGGGAAGACCUCGGCGAGUGCAAGCGCUCAGCUUCUGGAGCAGACGGCCAAGAUGAAGUCUCUGAGCGACGCGCUGGACAAACUGAAGGCUGAGGUAUCGCAGCACGUCGUGUCGCAGCAGCCUGGAGCUUGUGUGUCAUCAGACUUCGCCUCGUUCCCCUCCGUGUCUUUCGUGAAGGCCAAGGCGGAGCAGCAGAGCGGCUCGGUGCUGGUGGGGAAGGUGAUGAUUCCCUGCGCUCGUGGUGCGGAGCAGACUCACAGCCUCGUCCUGUCACAGCAGCAGCUUCAGCGCGUGCAUCGCCUGCUCAUGACCUAAACACAGCUCCCACAAUCCCACGCUCUCAGGACACACACGCGCCAAAGACAGCAGCUCGUCUUCUGAUCCUCCAGCUCCUAAACACAGCCUUCAUCUCUCCCACAUCCACACUGGAGUCGAGGCAUUCGGACUCCUCUCACCAUUCAGACCGUUUCUGCAGGAUAACUGCAAGAUAGAAACACAGAAUCAGAGUCAGAAAGUCACAAUUGAUGGAAAAUAGUUAAAUAUUUGUGGUGAAGAACAAAAAAACUUCAUUGUGAGAAUUCAGAGUUAAAUCACAGUUCUGACCUCUUUCUCAUAAUUUUGAGUUUGUACCUCACAGUACACAAUCUUUGAUUUGGAAGAUAUAAACCUGCAGUUGCAAGAAAAAAAGGCAGAAGUGUAAGAUAGUUGUAAUUUAUUUGUUACUGGGAAACAAACAAAAAAAUAAUUUAAAGAUUGUAAACACAGAUUUACAAGAAACAGUCAGAAUUGUGAGAGAGAGACAAAUCUUGAGUAUUUUAUCUUUUUUUCCCUCAUAAUUCUGAGUUUACAUUUUGUUUCUUAAAGCAAAAAAAAUAAAAAAAAUAAACUGGAUUUAAAGGUUGCAAUUCUGACUUUUGUGGUAAAAGUAAAAUAAAAUCAAAAGAAGUGUGCGAUGUAAAAUCAGGAUUGCAGAAUAAGAGUCCCCAAAGAAUUCAGUCACAUCACAGUUCCACAAAAUCUUAGAAUGGGGAAGAUAUAAAAAAAUUAAAAUAAAGAUAUGGUGGGGGAAAAACUAAUUUGAAGAUGUAAACUCAGAAUUAAGAGAUCUAAACCUGCAGUUGUGAGAAAAUGUCAUGGUUUUUAUUUCAUGGGGGAAAUGAAAAAAUAGAAAUGCCAGAUGAAAACUGAACAUUACAAACAAUUAGAUCUCAAAGUUUCUAUAAUUCAGAGACUAAAGUCAAAAUUGCAAAAGAAUUGUGUGGAAUGAGUCUGAAUUGUGAAAGAGAAAGUCAUGUAUUUUAUUAUCCCAUGUGCAUCAGAGGAACUCAAAAGGAGAUGUUAAAGUUCUGCUUUUGUUUUUAAGACCUCUUCUUGUGAUUGAAUUAUUACUUUAACAGAAGACGAUUUACUCCCAGCUGAACCUAAUUAAUACAACUCUAUUACAGUAAUGCCACAACGCUUUCAGUACUUUAAACGCUUCACGGAUCUCUUAGCUUCCAUGCUUUGGUUUUCUAUUUAGUCUGAUCGUUUGUUUCACGGUUCAUAUAAUUUUCUUGUCAUUUCAUGAAUAAACCCUUGGUGAAGGAAGUUAAACUGGUAACUGUACUAACGCUGUAAUGAAGUUCAGGUGAAACGCAGGGCUGUAGGAAAGAGAUCAGUAGUUUUGGAUGAUUAUCGUAGGUUUGCACCAGUAACUCACUCAUAUAUUAUUAGAGCUCCAUUAGAGUUAAAGGACCAAACAAUCAAGAGCCACGGAUUUAUAUGAGACACUCGUGAUUUAUGCAAAUCAGAAGCACAAGUGUGUUUUCAGUCACUUAUUUAACACCUUUUACAAAUGUUUUUUGACUCUUCUGAUCUUCUCUCUAAAUGAUUUGCUUUAUUCUCUUAGAUCGUUGGUUUAGUGUUUUAAUAGUUUAUGUAUUUGGCAUGUUUCUCAAUGGAAGCGAUUGCAAUAAAGUUGAAAAAAAAAAAAAAAAA